AUGCAAGAUAUGGAAUCUUUGAAAAGAGACGCUGAAGUUUCUUUAGGCAACGACAAUAAGAAAAAAUGCUAUAAAGAAUUUGAAGAAGAUGAAAGUGAAAUUGAAUAUGUUUCUGAGUCCCCACAUCCAAUAUUCGAUUCCCCGUUAGCAAGCAAUAACAACAAAUGGGCCGAAACUAUAACAAACGUUGUAAACAGUGUUGUUUCAAUACAUUUUUCACAUGUAGCGCCCUUUGAUACUGAGAACGCAGUGUCAAGUGAAGCAACUGGGUUUGUUGUGGAUGCAUCUCGAGGACUUAUACUUACCAACAGACACGUCGUUGGACCUGGACCAUUCACAGGAUAUGUUGUAUUUGACAACCAUGAGUCAGUUGAUGUUAAACCAAUUUUUAGAGAUCCUAUACACGAUUUUGGUAUUUUGAAAUUCAAUCCUCAAGACGUCAAGUACUUGAAGUUAACACAACUAGAAUUGGCACCUGAUUUGGCAAAAGUUGGUACUGAAAUUAGGGUUGUUGGUAACGAUGCAGGUGAAAAAUUGUCUAUAUUAUCGGGGUUUAUCUCAAGAUUGGACAGAAAUGCUCCAGAUUAUGGCAGUUUGACGUACAACGAUUUUAAUACCGAGUAUAUACAAGCAGCCGCUGCCGCUUCAGGUGGUUCGUCAGGUUCCCCAGUGGUGAACGAAGACGGCAAAUGUGUUGCAUUGCAGGCGGGAGGACAUACAGAAGCUGCGACCGAUUACUUCCUUCCAGUUUAUAGACCAUUGAGAGCUUUGCGUUGUAUCCAAAAGAAUGAACCAAUAACAAGAGGAGAUAUUCAAGUGGAAUGGGAGUUGAAGCCCUUUAAUGAAUGUGUCAGAUUGGGGUUGACAGCGGAAGCAGAACAAAAUGCAAGAAGAUUGUUUCCUGAUAAGGUUGGGUUGUUGGUUGCAGAGCUUGUAUUACCUAAUGGUCCUGCAGACUCAUUGAUAAAAGAAGGUGAUACUCUUAUUUCAAUAAACGACGAACCAAUUGCUACAUCUGUUCGAGUUGAUGAAAUUUUAGACGAAAAUGUUGGCAAGGAGUUGGAAUUUGUUUUGCAACGAGGUGGUUGUGAAAUCAGACAAAAGAUUAUUAUUGGCGAUCUUCAUAGUAUUACUCCAAACAGAUUUGUGGUUGUAGCAGGGGCUCUGUUCAACGACUUGUCAUAUCAAAUAGCCAGAUGCUAUGGUUUACCAGUUAAAGGGGUAUUUGUAAAUGGAGGUACAGGAUCCUUUGAGUUUUCGCCACAAGAUACACUUGGUUGGAUGAUUGAGUCGGUUGAUGACGAAAUAGUGGAAAACUUGGAUGAGUUUGUCGGGGUUAUGAAAAAAAUUCCUGACUGCUCAAGGGUUCCAGUGACUUAUCGUCAUGUAUCUGAUAUGCAUUCAGAAUACGUUAGAAGUAUUUACAUUGAUAGACAUUGGCAUACCUCUUUUAAGAUGGCAACUAGAAACGAUAUCACUGGUUUGUGGGAUUUCGAAACACUUCAAAAAGAAGCAUUGCCCCCUGUGCCCCUUGAGCCUCAGAAUGCAAAAUAUAUUGACAUUCCUUUCGGUGAUGACAGUAAGAAAGGUUGCGCUGAUUUGGUGAGAUCAUUUGUUCAAGUACGAACGCUCUGUCCAAGUCCAAUUGAUUCACACCCUUUUAGAAAAGAUAUAUGUUAUGCUGUUGUGAUUGACGCGAUCCAUGGGUAUGUUCUUGUUUCACGAAAAUAUGUUCCACAUUAUUUAUGUGACAUUUUUAUUGUUUUUGCCGAGUCAAUUGAGGUCCCUGGAAAAGUUGUGUUUUUACAUCCACAUCUCAAUUAUGCAAUAGUCAAAUAUGACCCAAGCUUAGUGUUAGCUGAUGUCAAAACACCCGUUUUUGGAACUUCACCAUUGCAAAGAGGAGAUAAAUCGUUUUUAAUAGGAUACAAUUACCAUUUGAGAUUAGUUACAGAUGAUGUCAAGGUAAGCGCUGUCUCGUCUUUAAAUAUCAAUGCUAGCUCAAGCUCACCACGUUACAGAGGGACCAACUUAGAAUGUAUUUUACUUGACAGUAAAAUUAGAAAUGAAUGUGAUGCUGGUGUAUUGGCUGAUAAUGACGGAACUGUCCGCGGGUUUUGGUUAUCAUAUUUGGGUGAGUCUGAUGACAAGACGUACAAAAUGGGAUUAGAUGUAACAGAUGUAAAGGAAGUGAUCCUGCAAUUGCAACAAAAUAAAGUACCAAAAAAUAUGAAAAUCCUUGAUGCGGAGUUUACUUCACUUACCGUUUUACAAGGUAGAACAAGAGGAGUCUCUCUGAGUUGGAUUGAACAGUUGGAGAAAGAAGCUGAAGAUAAUAUUAAAUUUUUAGCGGUUGAACGAAUUACUGCCCCGAGUUUGGGUACUCAAGUUGUAAACCCAUUGAAAAUUGGGGACAUAGUUCUUUGUGUUGAUGGUAGACCGGCAAAGAGUUUGAGAGAUUUGAAUUCAAUGUAUACAAAAGACAUUUUGGAAUUUAAGAUUAUUAGGCAAAAGAAAGAAAUGACAUUGCAAGUUCCAACCAACGACACAAGAGAACUAGAUACUUCUCAUGUUGUUUUCUGGUCUGGUGCAUUGCUUCAAACUCCACAUUACGGUGUAAGGCAGUUAAUGAAGAGCAUUCCAUCUGAAGUAUAUGUGGUUGGAAAGUCUUCAGGUUGCCCAGCAGACCAGUACUACAUUGUACCGAAUUGUUUUAUCACCCAUGUCAACGACAAGGAAACCAAAAACCUUGAGAGCUUUGUUGAAGUAGUAAAGGAUUUACCGGACAAAACAUAUGUGAAGUUGCGUUUGGUUUCAUUUGACAACAUACCAAUGGCAAUAUCGUUGAAGACAGACUACCAUUAUUUCCCUACUAUCGACGUUAGAAAGGAAAUCGAUACAAAUACAUGGGUGGAGAAAAAAUACAAUGAAUAG